CGUUUUGCAGCAAGAAUACAUGACAAGGAAAGCUUGUCAGCUAUCAUGAAUGCCAUUACGAAUUGGAAUAAGAUAGUAGUCUGUAGAAUUUAUAUCGAAGGCAGUUGCGACUUAAUAGGUGAGCAAAUGCUGGAGAAGGCUUUGACAUGUCCCAAUCUUCAUGACUUGGGGAUCAGGUCAAAGUUAGGGAAGGCGCUAGCAGAGUGCGGGAGUGACUUGAUGAGCUCGAAACUUAGGUUGUUGGAUCUGUUUGGAUCCGAGAUUGAGGAUGAUCCAAUGGGGAUACUGGGAAAGCUUCCUUGCUUGAUAAGAUUGCGAUUAUAUUGGGAAUCAUUUGUUGGGGAGAAGAUGAGGUGUACAACGAACAGUUUUCUUCGCCUCAAGAGGCUAACAUUAAGAGGUUUACCAAAGUUGAGGGAGUGGAGAGUGGAGUCAGGAGCCAUGCCCCUUCUCUCUAAAGUAAAGAUCGCAGACUGUUCUUGUCUAGAGAUGGUUCCAGAGGGAUUGAGGGGAAUUUCUACCCUUCAGAAACUUGUAAUUAAACGGAUGCCGGAAUUGAGAAAAAGGGUAACGCCUUCAGGACAUGAUUUCCACAAAAUCUGCCAUGUCUCUUCAGUUAUCAUCGAGGACUAGUCUUCACCCAGCAUUCAAUCGUAAACUCUACCCCCGGAGGUACUCCGAGGUCAGCCUGAUUUGAUCGAUUCAAUUCUGCUUUGUGAUAUUAUUAUGUGCUCACGAUUUCUACACCACGAUGAUGCUCGAGUAUUACUGUAGAAGUAAGUAGCUGCCUCAAGUUCAAAUUCGGGAUGUUUGAAAUUGAACCUUGAGAUUUAAAGACUUGAUUAUGGAAGAUUUUCA